CAAUACAAAACUUUCAUUCUUUGAAAACAAAAACACACACACAAAAAAAAGGUUGUGUUUGCAUUUCUCAUGAACUUCGGAGUUGUGUUAGGUUUCUAUUGUUGGGGUUGGGAGUUCUUAACUUCCCUUCUUCUUUACUCUACCCCUUUUUCUAUGUAACUAAACAAACAAUUUUAAUUAUUUUCUACAAAAAAAAAAAAAUCUCAAAAACCCAAAAAGGGGUUGAUCAUUUUGUGUUUCUCUACUCAUUUUACCCAUUUUCUUGAAAAAAAAAAUACAAAAAUAAGUUCAUUUUUUGUGUAUGUUUCUUUCUUGUUUUAGCAAGUUUCUUGGUUUUCAAAAACUCCAACAACAAAGGAACAAAAAGGGGUUGAUUACUUUGUGUUUUUCUACUCAUUUUACCAAUUUUCUUGAAAACAAAAAAGUACUCUCAUGGUCCGGUCCUUUCUGAACUCCGUGCAUAACAACAACUUUAGUGCAUUGUGCAUGUGCAUGCUCUUUUUGUGUGUGCUUCUUUCUUGUUUUAGCAAUUUUCUUGGUUUUCAAAAACCCCCAACAACAAAAACAACAACAAGGGGUUGAUUACUUUGUGUUUCUCUACUCAUUUCACCAAUUUUCUUGUGUGUAACAUCCUUGUGGCCAGACCCUUCCUCGGACCCCGUAUAUAUACAGUGAGAGCUUUAGUGCAUCGCGCUGCGCUUUUUGUGUCAUGGAGGUAUUGGAAGAAGUUCAAAUGAGUGAUCAUGACAAGAGUUUGUUGGACUAUGUUGUAAUGAGGAAGUCAUCACCAUCACCAUUUCUAUUGAAAACCUACAUGUUAGUUGAAAAUCCGGCGACCGACGACAUCGUUUCUUGGAAUUCCGAUGGAUCGGCGUUUGUUGUAUGGCAACCAGCAGAAUUUGCAAGAGAUUUGCUUCCAACACUCUUCAAACAUAGCAACUUUUCAAGUUUUGUCAGGCAACUUAAUACUUAUGGUUUUCGUAAAGUUACAACGAGUCGAUGGGAGUUCAGCAAUGACAAGUUCAAAAAAGGCAAAAGGGAUAUAUUAUGUGAUAUUCAUAGAAGAAAAGCAUGGACAAAUAAUAAUAAUAAUAAUAAUAAUAACAAGAAAGAUUUAGAAGAAGAUCAAUCAUCAACUUCUAAUUCAUCAUCACAAUAUAUAAAUCUUGUUGAUGAAAAUAAAAGGUUGAAAAUGGAAAAUGGAGUUCUUAAUUCUGAGCUUUCACUUAUGAAAAAUAAAUGCAAAGAAUUAAUUGAUAUUGUUAGCAUUUUUGCUAAAAGUAAUUCAGAAAAAAAUGAAGAAGAAAAAAAGAAAAAAGAUGAAAGGCCAAUGUUAUUUGGAGUAAGAUUGGAAGUUCAAGAAGAAAUGGAAAGAAAAAGAAAAAGAAUUGAACUUAAUAAAAUAGCUAAUAUUUUUAUCUCUCAAUUAUGCAAAUAAUAAAGGGGAGCCUCAGAUUAACUGGCAAAGUUGCUGCUACGGGUUCGAGCCUCGAAAACAACGUCCGGCAGAAACGCAAGGUAAGGCUACUUACAAUCGACUCUUGUAAUCGAUCCAUAGCGGAAGUUUUAGUGCAGCGGACUGUUGUUAUAUGUAAUUAUAUUAGUACUUAUUUACAUCAUUUCAUGCAAAUUAGUACUAGUAUUAAUUAGCAUGUAUACCUAAGUUGUAUAAAUUUUGCAAGUGUUAUUUCAUGUGAAAUGUUAACAUGGAAUACAAUGUAAUAAAACAUUUUAAUAAUUAUUUGCCUUUUUAAUGUUUG